ACCGAUUCAUAGCCCCUUUAACUAAAAAUAUAUAGACUAGAAAGCCCAUUCUAAAGUAUAAGCUUGUUAUAUUCCUUAGUUUAAUGGGUCAACUAGAACAUCAGUGAUGCCAAUUUUGAUCACUAUCAUCUUUUUACGUUAAUACUGUUCUUUGUCAAAAAAGGCUGGGUAGCUAUUAUGAGUUGCAUUUCACCAAAAUAUCAUAGAGAUUUAAUUAAUGCUAUGGUAUAUCAGUUUACUUGUUGUAUUACAUUUAUUAAUUAAUUGUGGAGGAGGGUUUCUGUUGAAUGUUGUGAAAAAAUAUGCAGCUAUAAACGAAGAUGGAAACUUGUUUUUUUUAAACAAUGAUUUAAUUUUCUGCAUUUUCAAAGCACUUUGUAUUUUUUCUGUAUUUCUGACACUGCAUAAAAAGGUGGUUAAACUAUUGAAGCUGCUCUCCACAUUAAUGUUCAUAGUCACAUCUCCCCCAGCGUUUAAACGUCGGCGCUCAAUAUGCUCAAUUUCCAUUACAUAAAAGAUGGCUGCGUUUUUUAAAUUCUUAUUGGCUGUUAAGAAAGUUGCCUGUGUGUAAGUUGACUCCUCUUAACUUCGAAAGCUGUCAAAAUACCGGCGUCGCUACAAAAAAAAAAAUCAAUGUGCAUGUCCAAAUACUAAACGAGAGCUGUGACCAAAUAGGCUGUAAUUGAAAGCAACUUUAACGGGUUUUUUUAUAUGCAGUGUAUUUUGAUCAGCCACAUUAUGGUGAUAAAAACUAAUAUUUCAUCCUCCAAUUAUGCUUGAGAAUGUUGCCAAACUGAUGUAUGUUUGCGCCGUUUGUGCAAGAUAGCGGCAUGUUGUGUCGACAUUCAUUUUCUUAGACAUUCAGAACGCACUAAAAGUACUUGUCCAAAUCAAUGUUGAUCGUUAUUGUUUUUUUAUGUUAUAUGUUACAAUAGAAGAGUACCUCGUAAUUUUAAUUUUAAAUAUAUUUUUGGAAAGCCAUAGCAAGCAGGUUAAAAUACAAGGAAACUUCUAUCAUGUCUGGAAAAGUCGGCGAUAUGUUAAAAAACACUAAUAAAAAACAAGCAGGAAGAGAAAUAGACUCUCUGGAGGAGAUUCCAAGUAAGCGUGAGUUAAAACCAUUGCCAAAAUCAAUAGUGACUAUACGAGACGAUGAUUGGAAGUCCUUACAAGCCUCGAUUACUUAUUUAUUUCACAAAAAGAAAUUACCGAAGCUAGAAUUAGACGUACUGAAUGAGAAAGUACGGAACGUUCGAGAUUCUGAAAUUGGAGCUUUCAUAGUAGAGUAUUACAAAGACUCCAUUUUAAAAAAAGGUAUGAUUGUGCUUCGCGAAAAUAUAAAAGAAAAAAAAGGAAACGAUUUAUUGGAAAGAUUGUCAGAUGUGUGGUGUCAGUUUUAUACGAGUAUACUCCCAACUUUAUUAGCAAUAUUCUAUCCAAUACAAGAGCAAGGAAUAAACAUGCGUUCGGUCACUUUAGUCGGCUUCCGUGAUAUUGUUUUAUUAAAAACAAAAAUUCACGAAGCUCUUGAAACAGGAGAAAAGGUGUCUGGUGAAAUAAAACAGAUGUUACUUGUGCUGGCCAGUGUACACGAAUCAAAUCCACCCAGCGAUAAUUAUAUGCAACUGGAACGUCUUGUAGCAAGGGUAGUGAGGCCAUAUCUUGGAUUUGAUGGAUUGUACACGAAGUUGUCAAGUCCUAUGUUUAGACGUAUAUCAAGUGAUCCAAAAGUAACAAACGGUAAUGUGAAAGAGAGAAAGCUAUCGCGCUCUCAAAUCAUUAAGGAAGAAAUGUCUCGUAAACUUCGUCGUAACGGUAGUAACGUUUCCUCUAGCAACAAUGAAAACAAUAACACUGUAAAUAAAGAUGGUAGCUUGAGAGCGAGAUUUCGUUUGGGUUCUACUCCGUGCGUUCCUAUUAAGUCGGCCUCAAUAGCCGAAACAUCAGAACUACCCAGUGGGUCGGUUGAUGGUGAGAUGACUAGUUAUUGGGAACUGCGAAAUCAGCGUUGGAAGAAUAGAGAGGAGAUGUUGAUCACAGAAACUCUUAUUUGAGCAAAAUAUCCUUUGCAACUUUGUGUUUUGUUUCGAAAAUUUAGAGUUAAUAUAACGCCA